AUGGCGAACCAGACCGAAUUGCUGGCUGCUUUACAAGUCCAACAUGAGCGAGACAAUCGACCUGGUAUCACCAAAGAGGCUGUCGCUGAAAUCAAAAGCUCGGCUAUCUUUCAGGUGAACUGGGAAGACCUUCUCAAGUCAGCUCCGAUUUCAAUCAAUGCACUCGGUGCGGCUCUUGUGGCCUCCUCAUCGGAGACAGCCACCACGAUCGAGUUCACGCCCCCAAAGGGCGGCUUCAAGUUCUUGCAGUUCACCUCCCUAAGGGCGAACCUGGUUGAUUGCAGCAACAGGGGGCGCUUUGCCUUCCUGGAUGCUGAGGAUGGCAUGUUAAGGAUAAAUAAUAUCUCCCAUAUCAUCUACGACAAGAUCGCCACUAUUAUACAAAUCAUUGGGAGCCCUGAUCCAGCGGAUGUCCAAAAAAUGCUCGUGCCUCAGCUGCGCAGUGUGCAAAAGGCCGCUGAAGAAUGUCACGCCCGUGCUCUCCAGAUGGACAAGAAGUUCGAAGAGUGGCUGUGGCACGCGGCUGAUCUUCAUUCGAACUGUGUCCAAGAGGAGUCCAGCAAUGAAGAAAGACGCUUGGCCACAGAAGUCAACAUGUCUGUAGCCCAAAGGCAGUUCGACUCCCAGAAGAACACCGUCGAAGAAGCAAAGAAGAUAUCGGAAAAGCUAGGAAAGCAGCUGGAUGUCGCUUCCGAAGCCUACAAAAAAGCUUCCGAUAAUUUCCCUUCAGGCUGGGAUAUUCUGGGCCAGCAAAUUGUUGGUGAGCUUGCCGACACCUUGACAACUGCCUUAGGCCAGGCAAUUACUGCAUAUACCUCCAACCUUAACCCGGUCGCUCGAGCCGAGAAAGGUGUGGAAAUGUUUAAGGAUGUCGUGAACGGAGGCAAAAAUGCCCCAAAGGACGGAGAGGCGCCUCCGACACCUCCCCCAGCACCACCCAAGCCCAAGAGCCCACUUCCCCAAUUCAGCGAUGACCCGGCAUAUGUUCAGGUCAAGCCCGCCAUGGUGUAUCUUACAGUCUUGAAUGCCCUGUUGACCUCGGGGAAAGACGGUGGUGUUAAUUGGGACAGUGCUGUUGACUCGCCAGAUAAGCCGGACAAGACUGCAUCAUUUACCUACCAAAUGCUGAAAGACACCCUGGAUCGGUUCGAGCAGUCAGUCACUGAGAAUCCUCCCAGUCAGAAAUUCCUGGGAGUUCUCCAGACUGCUACUGAGGUUGCCGACGAACUCACCCAACAAGCCGCCAAGCUGAAGGACAUCAGCAAAAAUCCGCCCAAGGCUGACUCAGAGCUGGUUAAAGGCUGGCAACUGAAGUUCCAUCCGAAGUAUCUGGAGGCGCUUCGCCUGGCCGCUACUGCCAAAACCCUUCCUGGGGCAAGCUCUGGUGGAGCUCCUCUAAUGGCCGCCACCGAGGACCCUGCCGUCCAGAUUGCAAAGACUAAUGCCAAAUCCGCUCAGGCGCAGGCUGUCCUGGAUGCGGCUAAGGAUCGACUGCACACGACCCAGCAGACUUUCCUCUCUACGCAAAAGAUCUAUCAGGAGGCCUCGUCAACGCUGGUUGAACAGGAGAACAAACUCACAGCAAUCCAAGCCGACCUCCAGCGCCAGACGACGUUAGAGGCAUCACUUACCGAAAUCAAGAGUGUUCUUCGUCAGUGCAUCUCACUUGUAAUGGUCGUCAAGGACAAUAUCAUGCAGCUCUGUCGGUUUUUCAACGCCAUCAGCUCGACCAUUGAUAUUGUUGUGGAACACACUGUGAACGACUUUAUCCAGACGAUCAGCAGUGGAGCCGGCGACGCUCAGCUCGGGGACUUCAAUCUCAGUACCCUGCAAAAAUCGAUGAUCUACAAGUACGCUGUCAUCUUGCGGGCUUACUUUGAAACCUUUGGAGACAUUGCCACGAUGUGGAAAGAGCUUUCCGAGGAGAAUAUCAUACCCGGACUGAACAUGAUUGACGGUCUGAGCGUGGAGUCGACCAAAGGCGAAAUUGCAAACAAGGUGGCCCAGCUCUCCAGCUGGGCGCAGAAUGCAUCUGCCAACAUCGUCACCAUCGCAUCUGAAAAGCGCAAAGAAAUAGAAGGUGGAAUGGAGGAGCGAGUCGAGGACAUUGCACAGUCUACAAAGAGUCUCCCGCCCUCUCCUCGGGCCAAGAAGGUCAUCGAGGAGGCUGCGAACCAUGUGGUUAACACUGCGGUGUCUGCUGUGAAGGAGAAUGCGCAGAACAACCCACUUUCCCGCUUUGACCUUUAG